AUGUAUCUCACUGAAUACUUUCCUCAGUGCGCAUGGGAUAGUAUGCGCAUGACAACUAGCAGAUAUUUCCGAUUCUUCAGGCGUUCGAGGCCGUGCCUGGAAAAAUGUGCUCCAUCGAAAUUAGUUGUGGUUAAAAGCACGGAUAUGUGCGAAGAAAUGCAGCAGGAAGCGAUCGCCCUAGCCCAUUGCGCUAUCGAGCGAUUCCAGUUGGAGAAGGAUAUCGCUUCCUACAUCAAAACCGAAUUCGACAGGAAAUAUUGCCCAUCAUGGCACUGUGUUGUCGGACGUAACUUUGGCUCUUUUGUCACUUAUGAAACUCAUCAUUUUAUUUAUUUUUAUGUUCAACAUAUUGCUGUAAUGUUGUUCAAAGCAGGAUUCUAA